AUGGCACUCAUUUACUGCAGAGGAUCCAUUGACCUGUUAGUGCUGAAAGAGGAGAGUCAAGAACUGAAUGAAGUAGAAGAGAAAGAUGAGAAGCAUCUUGGUUUUAGGAUUGGAGGAAAAUCCCCACAUACUAAAAAUACUUCAAGAAAAAGAGCUCAAAAGAAAGCAACUAGGAGUUAUUUCACCUGCUUUCAGUGUGGAAAGAGUUUCAAUCAACAUGGAAACCUUGAAGUACACAUGAGAGUUCACACUGAAGAGAGCUCUUUCACCUGCCAACAGUGUGGAAAGAGUUUUACUGAGAAAGGAAGCCUUAAAGCCCACAUGAAAAUUCACACUAGAGAGAAUCCUCUCACUUGCCAACAGUGUGGAAAGAGUUUUACUCAAAAAGGAACUCUUAAAAGCCAUAUGAGAAUUCACACCAGAGAGAAGCCUUUCACAUGUGGACUGUGUGGAAAAAGCUUCAUACGAGAACUAAACCUUAGAUAUCACAUGAACAAUCACACCGGAGAGAAGCCGUUCACAUGUGAUCAGUGUGAAAAGAGUUUCACACGUAAAAUAGGUCUUAAUAGCCACAUGAGAAUUCAUUCAAGAAAAAACUGUUUUAAAUGUAAUCAGUGUGGAAUGAGUUUCCCAGACAUGGAUCGUCUUAACAGGCAUGUAAUAAUUCACUCUGGAGAGAAGCCUUUCAUAUGCCAGCAGUGUGGAAGGGGUUUCAAAUUCAAUAAAAACCUUAAGACGCACAUGAGAAUUCACACCGGAGAGAAGCCUUUCACGUGCCAUCACUGUGGAAAGUGUUUUGGUCAUAAAGUAAGCCUUAAGACUCACUUAAGACUUCACACGGGAGAGAAGCCUUACACAUGUUCUUUGUGCAGUAAGAGUUUCACAUAUAAAUCAACCCUUAAUGCCCACAUGAGAAGUCACACUGGAGAGAGCCCUUACACCUGCAAACUGUGUGGGAAGAGCUUCUCACAAAAAGGAAAUCUACAGACUCACAUGAGAAUUCAUACUGGGGAGAAGCCGUUCUUAUGUGGUCAGUGUGGAAAGAAUUUCAGAUGUAAAGUAACCCUAAUUUACCAUAUGAGGAUUCAUUCAAGAGAGAACUGUUUUAUAUGUCAACAGUGUGGAACAAAGUUCACAGACAGUAAACACCUUAAAGAUCAUGUAAGAACUCACAUCGGAGAGAAGCCUUUCAUGUGCCAUCACUGUGGGAAGAGUUUCACACUUAAAGGAAACCUCAAGACUCACAUGAGACUUCACACAGGAGAAAAGCCUUUCACAUGCAAACAGUGUGGAAAGAGUUUCAGACAUAAUGUAAGCCUCCAGACUCAUCUGAGACUUCACACUGGAGAGAAGCCAUUCUCAUGUCUUGAGUGUGAGAAGAGUUUCACAUACCAAAGAGAUCUGAAGCGCCAUUUGCAAACUCAUUCUGUAGAGAAACUGCAGUCUGACAAGAAGUUAACAAAAAGGGGCCAUUUAAAAAAUCCCCUGCCCAUUCACCCUGGCAGAAGGCGACUUAAUUGUGAUCAGUGUAAUAAAACAUUUCUUUUGCCAUCACACUUAAAGAUACACCUAAAAAGUCAUGCAGAUGUAAGACCCUAUUUGUGUUUCUUGUGUGGAAAGAGUUUUAAAUGGCUCAGAAAUUUAAAAUGGCACCAGAAAAUACGUGUCUGUGUGAAAUCAAGGCUACGUUCACACCGCAGCUGAAUGUGACCGAAAUCAGAAUUUUCUGCUCAAAUAUGAUUCCUUUCCUGUAAUUUCAAAUAUUGAUCAAUUAUGGUAGGCAUCCUCUUUCCACUGUAUAGCAGCAUCUCUCCAAACAUUUGUUUUAAUAACUCAGAAUCUUGCCACUGGCCAUUUUCGUUGUCCUCUUUUUGUGUAGAUUGAAAAGAACAAACAAACAUUUGCAUGGUCUCAUUUAAUCUUUCUCAAUUUAUUUCCCAUGUUCGUUCUUGUUAUAUUACUCAUUUUCUUUGGCCUUGCAGGGUUUUUUUUUGUUGCUUUAUUUAGUCUUAAGAUGUGUGUUAUCAUAAGUUAAAGGCAGAGUAAGCGAUUUCUGGUAGCCAAU